CGCCGACACGCCGCAAUCUAGAGAAUCGCCAAGCCGGACCGUCAACGUAACGUUAACGUUAGUUGUGUUUUCUGGAGAAUUAUUUGUUAUUGGGGACUACGAAUAACGGAGGAUGACUCCUUAAAGUCGACAAUAAGAUGUGUGUGAUCUGCCUUUUGGUAGAGGAAAAGAGGGAACCUAAGUUGAAGACUAGCUAACCCACGGAUGGCCUGCCAGUCUGCACCAGUCGUCAUGGAUGAGCAAGCGCUGCUGGGGUUGAACCCAAAUGCAGAUGCUUGUUACCGACAAAGGGCACUGGCAUAUUUUGAGCAACUGAAGGAGUCUCAGGAUGCCUGGGAGAUGUGUGCAGAAGCCCUGGCUAAAGGCUUUUAUAGUGACGACCAUGUCAAGUUCUUUUGCUUCCAAGUGUUGGAGCACCAGAUCAAAUAUAGGCAUGGAGGCCUGAGUGCAGCCCAGCAGCAGCUCAUCAGGGAAACGCUGAUGAAGUGGCUCCAGACACAGCUGAUGAACGUGCACCAGGAGAAGCCGUUCAUUCGGAACAAGGCGGCACAGGUGUUCGCCCUGACCUUCGUGCGGGAGUACCUGACCCACUGGCCCAAGUUCUUCUUCGAUAUCCUCACUCUGAUCGGACUCAACCCUCAUGGAGUGGACGUCUACCUGCGCACCCUCAUGGCCAUCGACGCUGAGGUGGUCGACCGAGACAUCAUGCACUCCGCCGAGGAGACCCGCCGGAAUACCCUGAUCAAAGACACCAUGCGUGAGCAGUGCAUCCCCAGCCUGGUGGAGUCCUGGUUCCAGAUCCUGCAGGCGUACCAGCAGUCCCACAGCGAGCUCACCUGCCAGUGCCUGGAGGUGGUGGGUGCCUACGUGUCCUGGAUCGACCUCAACCUCAUCGCCAACGACAGGUUUGUUAACUUGCUGCUGAGUCAGAUGUCUGUGGAGGACCUGAGAGAGGAGGCCUGCGACUGCCUGUUUGAAAUUGUCAACAAAGGAAUGGAUCCUGUGGACAAGACCAAGCUGGUGGAGCUACUGUGCCAAGUGCUGCAGUCAGCCGGCUUCUUCAAUGUGGAGCAGGAGGAAGACGUGGACUUCCUGGCCAAGUUCUCACGGCUGGUCAACGGCAUGGGCCAGUCGCUGGUGCUCAGCUGGACCAAGCUCCACAAGGGAGGCAACGUCAAGGUUGCCACGGAGACGCUGCGGGCCCUCGAGGCCAAGGUGCCACUCAUGCUCCAGCUGCUUGUGCACGAGGACGACGACAUCUCGGCCAACAUCGUGGGCUUCUGCUACGAGUACCUUCACGUCCUCAAACAGCUUCCGCUUCUGACUGACCAACAGAAGGCUAAUGUGGAGGCAAUCAUGCUGGCGGUCAUGAAGAAACUGACCUAUGAUGACGAGUACAACUUCGAAAAUGAGGGGGAGGACGAGGCCAUGUUUGUGGAGUACCGCAAGCAGCUGAAGAUGCUGCUGGACCGCCUGGCCCAGGUCUCCCCCGAGCUGCUCCUCGAGGCUGUGCGCAGGGUCUUCAACAACACUCUACUGGGCUGGCAGACGGCUCCCUUCAUGGAGGUGGAGGUGGCCAUCCGGCUGCUGUACAUGCUGGGAGAGGCCCUGCCUGCGUCCCACGGCGCCCACUUCACCGGGGACGCCACCAAGGCCUCCACCCUGCAGGAGAUGAUGAGGACGCUGGUCAACAGUGGGGUCAGUGAGUACCAGCACUCCUCUGUGACGCUGGAGUUCUUUGAGACCGUUGUGCGUUACGACAAGUUUUUCCUUGUGGAGCCACAGCACAUUCCAAACGUCCUGAUGGCGUUUCUGGACCAUCGUGGUCUGAGGCACAGCAGUCCGAAGGUCAGGAGCCGCGUGGCAUACCUCUUCUCCCGCUUCGUCAAAACCCUGCACAAACAUAUGAAUGCCUUCAUUGAGGACAUCCUGAGCAGGAUACAAGACCUGCUGGAACUGGCUCCUCCUGAAAACGGUUUUCCAGCGCUGCUGACCAGCGACGACCAGCUGUUCAUCUUCGAGACGGCGGGCGUGCUGAUCGUGUACGGCGAGAGCCCGGCGGAGCGGAAGCAGGCGCUGAUGCGCAGCCUGCUCGCGCCGCUGAUGGACGGCUUCCGCCUGCUGCUCGCCAAGCUGCCACAGGAGGCCGACGAGGAGAGGCAGCUUGUGCUCGCCGACUGCCUCAGCCACGCCGUCGGCUUUGCCAGCCGCACCAGCAAGGCCUUCAGCAACAAGCAGACGGUGAAGCAGUGCGGCUGCUCGGAGGUGUACCGCGACUGCCUGCAGUGCUUCCUGCCGGCGCUGAGCUGCCCGGUGCAGCGGGGGGCCCUGCGGGGCGCCGUGCGCUCCUUCCUGCACCGCAUGAUCAUCUGCCUGGAGGAGGAGGUGCUGCCCUUCAUCCCCGCCGCCUCCGAGCACAUGCUCAAGGACUGCGAGCCCAAGGACCUGCAGGAGUUCAUCCCCCUCAUCAGCCAGAUCACCGCCAAGUUCAAGGGUCAGGUGUCUCCGUUCCUGCAGCAGGUGUUCAUGCCGCUGGUGCUGGCCAUCUUCGAGGUGCUGGGCCGUCCGGCGGAGGAGAACGACCAGGCGGCGGCGCUGGACAAGCAGAUGCUCAGGAGGAGCUACUUCAGCUUCAUCCAGACCGUCACGGGCAGCGGCAUGAACGAGGUCAUGGCCAAUCAGGGGGCCGAGAACGUGGAGCGAGUGCUGUUCACCAUCAUCCAGGGGGCAGUGGACUUUCCUGACCCCAUCGCCCAGAAGACCUGCUUCAUCAUCCUCACCAAGCUUGUGGAGCUCUGGGGUGGCAAAGAUGGCCUGGUCGGAUUUCCAGACUUCAUCUACAAGCACAUUGUCCCAGCAUGCUUCCUGGCACCUCUCAAACCGACCUUUGACCUCUCCGAUGCCCAGACUGUCCUUACAUUAUCAGAGUGUACUCUUACCUUGAAAAUGAUUCAUCUCAAGAGGGGGCCAGAGUUCAUUCAGUUUCUCCAGCAGGAGUACCUGCCCUCUUUGCAAGUAUCACCAGAUAUCACACAGGAACUCUGUCAAGUGCUUCAGCAGCCUGAUGUCAAGGUUCUGAAAAACUACAUGAAGGCAUUCUUUCAGCGCGCCAAACUGUAAAAACUGGAAGUUGGACCGACGGUUGAAAGGACACAGAAGAAGAAACGAGCGGUCAUCCGUGCCACUUACUACAAAACAGACAGAGCUUAGCAUAGGAGCAGCUUCAGCACUUAAAAGUGAAUCGCUAAUGACGCCCAUCCAAAGCUGGGGGGAAAACGUGGUGCCGAUAAAGGACUUGUGUGGGGACGGGCUGUCGCUCGCCAGUGAUUAUGCCCCUCCCCAUCGACCUAGGCCCCAAUCAAAGACGUGCUCUCCAUGUGGGUGUGGCCAUUUGGCCAGAGGAUGAGUACAGGGAUUGGUUAACCCGCUCGAAGAGACAGGAAACUGUAGUUUGUGGGGUGGGAUUUGGGGAAGGGGCUUCAGUUGACUGGUAAUUCCAAGGGAAAAUGUCAGAAGCCUAAAAAAAACUGUUGCCUACACAUAGAUAUAUAUAUAAAAAGAAAUACUCAGUGUGAACCUGACUUCAAAGUAUCAGCCAAUUUUUCUUUUGUUAGGAUUUGUGAAAAAAAAAAAAAAAGCUUUAUUGGUUUAAAAUUCUUUGGAAUGUCAGAUGACAUGCUGGUUUAUAUUAUAGAGUGGUUGGAUAUUGAGGUAAAUCCAUCAUUUUGUGUCAAGAAAUGGUUGCUUUGAGGAAUUUUUAUUUAAUGGCGACUGUGAUUUUGUUUUCUUUUUUCUUUCUUUCUUCCCUUCCUCUCUUUUAAAUGUUGUGAAAUUUUCAUGAAUUAAGGGACGUGAUCUGGCAGACACCUGGUUUGUAGUCCCCUGGUUUCAGACGCACCAGUCUUUUCAUUUCAGACUUCGGCCAUACGUCUGUUGUGUCUACAAAUGCUUCAGAGUAUGAACAAAGCCGAUACAAAAUUCCACGUGCACCCAACAAACCAGCUGUAUUGGUCAAAGAACCAGGAACUGGUGUCUGCCAAAUUAGUCCCAAAGUGUUAUAUUUUUAAGUUUGGAGUGAAUUGGAGAAUGUGUGACAAGAGAACGCAGGAAGGCUCGGAUUCUCUUCAGCUUGCCUUGUGGAUGUAAGAGGUGCGUCGGUGCAACAGCAGUGCAUGCAUAUCCAUUACCGAUAGGGGGCGCUGUGGCCGCUCCAUUGCUGGCGCCCGUCUCGCAACUCACCCAAACGGCUCAUCAAAUUUCAUGUGCUGUCUGAAGAUCAAAAUGUGUCAUUUGCUUUGUCAAAUAAAAGCGACCAGAUCUGUCCAUUGCACGUGGGAAUGCAGUGCCACACUUCUGCACUUGUUGCACUACCUGAACUUACAUGUUUGUUUGGGGUUUUUUUUCUAAAAAAAAACAACAACAAAAAACCGACACCACCACCUGUAAAGCCACCCUUAACUCCUGCCUUGUUGCUAUUGGAAUCUUACAUAGAAUGCCUGCCAGUUAACUGUUCCUUGGGUAAUCAAUGUCAUCCAAUUCCGUGUUGGUGCAUCCAUGAGAAACCCCGAGCUGGCCACAGUGUAUUCACCUUUGUUAUUGUUUGCAUUGUAUCAAACAUGUAUUUAAUUAGAACCCCCAGUUAUUGGGGGGAAAAGAUUAAAAGCAAUUUAACAUUGGCGCAUGUGACAAAAGAAAAGACCAAUAGAUUUAACAGAUUUAGAUGAAUAUUUUUCACAGCAAAAAGGAAAAAAAAAAGACAAUGUUCCUUGUGAUGAUUGAACCACUGAUGUCCUGUGCUGUCCUGUUCCCUGUAUCAAUGCAAUUCUGACAGACCUGAGGCCCCAAAUCACCUGCCUGUCCUAGUCAUUGUGUUUCUCUGUUUUUAAAUAAUUCUGUUAAAAGUUUUUGUACACAGAUUUGUUGUCCUGGGAAAACUGUUAUACAUUAUACCUCUGACAAAAUGGCUAACGAUAUCUGAUUAGACAGUGAACGCUAAUAUGCAGUAAUAAUUAGAGUGGGGUUUACUGGGAGUUACAUUAAAUAUAGAUCUGAGGAUUUUGAUUCCAAUGUUCAUACAUUUUUUUGUAUUAUUUACUUAGAUCAGAAUUUAAAUUUAACAUAGCUCAUGAAGUGUGAAUGUGUGUGUGUGUGUGUUGCAGGGGUUGAGGAGUUGGGUGUGUUACCAAGUUAGCGUAGGUCAGGCUCAUGAAGGCGGUUUCAAGUGAUCAGUUGUGAGUCAUUGGCAGCCUUUUAAUUUAUUAUCUUAACCCUAAGGCUCAUUUGAAUUAACGACUCGGCAUAGAUGACUAAAGGACAUUUUCUGUCAGAGCCCUCCAAGUGUCACCCUGCACAAAUUUUAUGAUAAUGUUUCCAGUGAUUUUAUCUUGACAUCAAUUCUGAUGAUUUGGCGCCGCCAUCUUGUGUGGCACUGUAUUGAGAAUCUGAAAUCUGAUCCCACUGUAUUAAGGCCAAACAUAUGAAUGGAUUUCUCUCAUUCUGAAUUGAGAUGUCUUUGUGAGUACUUGAUUUAUUUUUGAUAUGUUGGGACAAACCUUCACAAUUUGUCAAUCUCUUGUCACCACCAAUAAAGUGUUUACUAAUCUUA